AUGUCGGAUCAACAACAAUCCUUUCCAAACAACAACACCUCAAUGUGGAUGAGGCAAUCACAAAGUAGUAUCACCACAAGCAAAUCCAAUAACAUGUUAUUAUUGGGCAAUGAAGAAGGUACGAAUACAAUAACAAAUAGCUCGUUAGCCUCCGCAACAGCAACUCCUUCCGAAGAGAGAAGAUCAUUUGAGCUACGAGAUGUCAAGAGGAGUGGAGGAGACUCAGCCUCUCAGGUCGAGAGCACAUAUUGCAAUAAUCUCUCUCAGGUCGAGAAAGGGCAUCAUCAUCCUGUAAAGCAACACCAUCAUCAUCAUCACCAUCAUGCUCCGAAACCACCCUCGACAAAGGCAAAGAAAAUUGAAUUAGCAAAGAAAAUUGGAAGAGUUGUAUAUACAUUGUUUUUACUGGCAGUUUUGGCAGCAUUGAUAGCGCUCGAUGUGAUCACGUCUCCAAAAAACGCGUGGAUUUCGAGAGGGUCUAUAGUGAUUGCUGUCACACUUUUUGGUCGAUGGUUAUAUGAAUUCUUUUUCGAAAUUUUCUAUGAGUGGAUUUUGGAAUACUUUAUUCAAGAAGAUAAGAAACCAGAGGAGAAGGUGUAA